CGUAAACAACGUUCUCAGUUACAAUUUCUUGCUCGACAACUGUGUCUCGUGUCAAAGAAAGUGAUACUAUAUUAGACAAGUACAACGGUGCUUCGAUAUGACGUGAUUGUUCUUUACCGUUGCCAGUUCGACCAUCGUGACAAAAUCGAUUUUAUCGAGAAACUGACAAUCAGCCAACUUCGUCACCUGGACGAAAUAUCAUUCGAUAAUCACAAGAAUAUUGAAUCGAUCUUUAUCGACCGAUCCACAAUGAAACUUACCCUUUUUCGUAUCGAAAACUGAAUCAGUCGGUUGUCGGAUCUUCGUGGAUGCAGGUAUCCGUGGAAAGUUGCGAAAACAAAUGCGGUACAUGAACGAAUCGCGAGCAAGCGUGAUUACGCGUGAAUCUCGGUGCCGAAAUGCGUAAUUAACGCGAGUGGAGCUUCGGUGGUUCUUCCGUGGUACAGCCAAUCCUGUGCACGCAAGUGACCGGAGGCUCCGCCCAUCUAGAGAGCCCCGUUGCCCUUUUCCUCGUGACUACCGGCCACAGUACGUACGCGAACGUUCACGGAGUGUCAUCGCGUUCGGUGUCGGCUUCGUAUUCUUGAAACGAGUUUCACGUAUUCGACGUACUCCGAUUUUUCACGCGACGGGACGCGAAUUCUUCUUCCCCGAAGUCAUUCGAACGAUUGAACGUCCCGUUUAGCGAAAAAGCGCGGUUGUGGUAAAAAGAGUGCGCGGCAGGACAAAGAUCGCGUCCUUUUUGGCAAGGUUUACGCGCGUCGAUCGCGAGAUCUGUAAUCCAUCCGGCACGAGAAACAUGUAAAAGGAAAACGACGCACGGUCGAAGGGAAAGAAAGAAAGAGAAAGCAAGCCGUCGUGUUCUGUAACUGGAAGCAUACGUCGGACACCAGCGAUCGUAUCGGAUCACGGACAACGUUCGAUCUCGAUCUGUCAGCCUCGGGAUCGACUAGUCGAUGCGAAUCACCGAUCGAUAUCGACGCUCGUAAGAAUGCGCGGCUGAAACGGGAGCGACGCGACGACGGUGCGACCUUGUCUUUUCUUUUCUUUUCCCCGUCGAACGAUCCCAACGAUCAAACGAGAGUCACCGAGGCCAUCGAAUCGUAACCGAAGAUGCGGCCCAUUCUGACGAUCUUCUUCCUCGUGCCGUUGCUGUUCGUCGCGUGGCAAAAUGGUGCGCAAGCCAACUGGUGGUAUCUGGGCGUGGAGCCACGGGCCAGCAGCGGGUCAAGCCUUGGGAGCGGUGCCGAGGGCCAGCCGCAGAUCGUCGGCACGGGUGUGAUCGGUCCUGCGAGCGCCGAAAAGAACUGCAAGAGUGUGCACCUGACUGCGAAGCAACAAACGAUAUGCUCCCGCUCGCCGCCGGUCCUCCAGGCAGUCAGCGCGGGCGCGAGAUUGGCCAUCGAGGAGUGUCAGCACCAGUUCCGGUCGGCCAGAUGGAACUGCUCCAUCAGCCCGGAAAAUCCGGACAACGUUUUCGGCGGCGUGAUGCUAGUCAACAGUCGCGAGGCAGCGUUCGUGUACGCAAUAUCGGCGGCGGGGGUUGCCUACAGCGUCACCAGAGCCUGUUCCAGGGGUGAGCUCACCGAUUGCUCGUGCGACAACCGGGUCAGAACGCGGCGUCCGAAUAAUUGGCAAUGGGGCGGAUGCAGCGAGGAUAUCCAUUUCGGUGAGAAGUUCUCGCGAGAGUGGUCGGACGGUGGCGAGGAACCCGUGAAGGAGGGUGUGCUGCACGGGCCGAAAGGGCUGGCUGGCCAGCUGAUGAGGAAGCACGAUAGCGAGGCUGGCAGGCGCGCGGUCCGCUCGAGAAUGCAACGCGUGUGCAAGUGUCACGGUAUGUCAGGUUCGUGCAGCUUGCGCGUCUGUUGGAGAAGACUGCCAGCGUUUAGGGUCGCGGGAGCUGCCCUGGCCGCGUUGCACGAGGGCGCGGCUUUGGUACGACUGGCGCAACGUGGCGGAAGAAGACCGGCGAGACUGAGGCCUGCUCGUCCGGACCUCAAACGACCUAACAAAACGGACCUAGUGUACCUCGAAGACAGUCCAGACUACUGCGAGAAAAAUAUCACGCUUGGUAUUCCUGGGACAAGAGGAAGGAUAUGCAACCGGACGUCCCCCGGUCUGGACGGAUGCCGAUUGCUGUGCUGCGGCCGAGGCUACCAGACUAGAGUACGGGACGUGUCCGAAACGUGCAACUGCCGGUUCGUCUGGUGUUGUCACGUGAAGUGCGAGCUGUGUCGGCACAAGCGGGAGGAGCACGUGUGCAAUUAGGCGAGGAGACAAAGGAUAUGAUAAAGAUUUGCAUUCCGGUCGGCCUAUCGAAAGGUGCUUCACGACCCUCUACGUCGAGAUCUCUCGAUGGCCUCGUUCUCCAAUGGUCGCGACGGAAUCAGGGUAGAGACCGCGCAUCUACCACCCCGCAUCAUUUUUUUUUUAAUCUCUUCGUUUAUUAAGACUGACCCGGCUGUAUUACUGCGGCCGGUCGCGCGUCGAGUAGAAGAAAACCGCCGCGAGAGGCUACGAAAUGUGAAACGUUACGUUAUAGUGCAUUCUGUGCCUGACAGUCAGAGUUUCGUAAGGCCACCGCGCUUCAGGAAGAUGAUUCAAAUAAUUUUCGACAGCUCUGAAGAAUCGAUCGAGAAUUCAAGUGAGUAAGUCGAAUGAAAAAACGGAACAUGGAGGAUUCCCAGUGUCAGAGAACUGGAAUCGUCUCGACGUGCAUUCGAGGCGCAGCAUACCGGAUAAUACGAGAUGAAAAUUUGCAGUCCGCGCGGCUCGUUAUGCUAGUCUGGCUCUCAGGUGCAUCAUUAUUUAUGUAAAUGUUAACAUGUUGAGGAUCGGCGAUGAAAAUCGGUCCGAUUCCCGAAUGUAUCCGAGAAUUAGUGGGAAUCGAGCUCGAGGUAAGAGUAUAAAUUAUACACAGGUAAUAUUGCUCGUAUUAUGCUACGAUUUUAUGUAAUAUAUGUAGGAAGAACGAAAUAAUUAAACGUGCCAAUGGAUAUUCCACUCUCCCAUCGAGUAUGAUAAUUGUACUUCACAAAAUUCGAUUCGCAUCGUACUUUCUAUGUACAUAAUGAGUUUUGUGCGUAUAGAUUUAUUUAUUGCAACCAGGUCCGCGCGAAUGCAGCGGAUUUAUAUUAAGUGGAUUACUCAUUGGUAUAUACUUAAUGAAAACUCUCGUUCGCAACGAUGAAUUCUUAAUUCGAAACUGUGAGGGCAACGAAACGCGUACGCGCGCAGAUACCGCGACGCGAAACUCAAUAUGUUAAUAAUUUACGGUUUUUGCUGACGCGAGAGAUAGAGUGAUAGAAAAAAAGCGUGCGUGCAUGUGCUUCCGCGUGAACGGGAUCGGGUAUCUGGAUGAACGAGCGUCUGAACACGCGGACGAAAUAGAGUAAUAUAGGCGAGACGUUAGACCACUCGACGACCACUCUAUUCCUUCCUUUCCUGUCCUUCUUUCUUUUUUUCCUCUUCAUCCUCAAACCUUUCUGUUCUGUUCGUGCUCGCACAUUCGCGUAUGGCGCGAGAGUCUUAUUUAUAUUCGAGGUAAAAACCUCCACGAUGUGUAGGUAUCUCAUUGUAUACUAUACCAAUGCUCUCUAGCGCGUAGAACCACCCUGUUUUCACCUAAAUACGAAGCGAGCUACAGUGAGCAGCAAAAAUAUUAUUGGAAGCUGAAAGAAAUGAACUGGAGCUUCCUAAAAAUCAUCUCACAGUCAUGUUUACGGAAUAAUUAUACGUAUAAAUAAGUACGGAAUAAUAAAGUACGUAUCAUCGCUAAUAUAAGACGGCUUACGAACUUGCUAGAGUGAUUUUUAUGCGACUCUAUGCGUCUUGAACUCGUUACGAUUACUAUCUACGUGCAUUUAAAUACUUUCGCGGCUCACUGUACACGUCUCGCAGUAUCUCGGCCGAAGCGUACCGGCGCGGCGAACAAUGCGAGUUACGAGGAGCGAGGCGGACUACGAAAGCGAGAGUCCAGGUCAAAGAAAAAGAAAAAAAGCGGGCAGGGAGAAAAAUAGGCGAAAGGAGGCCGCGAUAAGUGACGCGUAUCCGCUCCCGGCAGUUCGCCUCGGAUCGCUCGAUUCGGGAACAAUUCUGCCAAUGACUGUACAUACUGUCUUCUUUACUGUUUUUGUAGAUUUUACGUCCACGACCGUCGCGCUGUAUAUAGAUAAGCAUAUAACAUGUACACGAAACGCACGUGGUCUAUUUAAACAAUUGCAGGAUUGAUAAUUGA